AUGGUAAACAUCAAUGCACGUGCUCAGAAAGAUGAGAGCAUGAAGGAUGAGUUGGCAGGAUCCACCGCUGUUGUAGUGUUGCUGAAGCGUGACAAGAUAUACUGUGGCAAUGUGGGUGACUCCCGGGCUGUUGCGUCGGUAAGAGGAGAGGUGGAACAGCUCUCCUUCGAUCACAAACCCAGCAACGAGGCAGAAAGCAAGCGCAUCAUGGCUGCAGGGGGAUGGGUGGAAUUCAACAGAGUCAAUGGUAUUUUCCAAGAUUGAUUUUGGGUCUGGUAUUUAGCUCGCCUAGACAUCGUCAAGAUGAGCUAUUGCCGUGGGGUGUCGUCCAUCGUCCGUCCGU